AGUUCCUAGUUGGAAAUUAGAAUGUUACAUUCAUACGGGAAUUUCGCGUGUAAAAUUCUGCGAAUUUGUCAGUUUAAAUGCAAUGUUUUGAAUGAAUAGAUCGUGGCUGAUGUAUGGGGAAGAUCACGUCUAUAAAAUCCAGUGAUAUUGUUAAUACAUCCAGACGGAAAAAAUUGUGUAUAUUAGGUUUUUCCAAAAGCCACCAACUGAACCAUACCCUAUCUAAGAUGGCUACUCCUUCAGAAAGUCCCGUCGAAGAGGUUAUGUUUGAAAUAGAACCGUCCAGAGUACCAAAGCCAGUACCAGUUGCUCUUGAAGAUCUUUGUAAAUUAACCAAAUUCACCAGACAAGAAAUUAGAAUAAUGUACAGAGGAUUUAAAACUGAAUGUCCAGAAGGUGUUGUCCACGAAGAUAGCUUUAAAGAAAUUUAUUCUAAAUUUUUUCCUCACGGAAAUUCUAGUUUAUAUGCACACUAUGUGUUCAAGGCCUUUGAUGUAAACUGCAACGGGGCUAUUAGUUUCAGGGAUUUAUUAAUAACUCUGUCUACGCUUUUGAGGGGCUCUGUUUACGAAAGAUUGCGGUGGACUUUCAAACUAUAUGAUGUUAACGGCGACGGUUGUAUUAGUCGUGGAGAACUUUCAGAAAUAGUAGUAGCAGUUCACGAACUUAUGGGUAGAAGAGUCCAUCAGGUAGAAGAUGACAGAAAAGCAAGGGAACAGAUAGAUCGAGUCUUCCGAAAAUUGGAUCUAAAUCAAGAUGGUGUAAUUACCAUAGAAGAGUUCAUGGAAUCUUGUCUGAAAGAUGAAGUCAUCACUAGGUCCUUACAGAUGUUCGACGCAGUGCUGUGAUAAACGUGAUUAGACCUUUUCUAAGGGGUCUAUAUUCACAUAAAAAAUUCGCGAAACAAUUUGUUGAAAUGUUCAGACAUUUAUCAAUAUCCAAGUGAUUUUGAAGACGAUAUUCUGAGUGUUAAUAUUAAGAGAAAUAUAGUAACAGUUAUAUGUUCAUAAAUUAACGUGAAAAAUUGUUGUUUUUUUCAAUUGUUUAUUAUUUAUUAAAAAUUCACGUGUAAUGUAAAAGUGUGGAUGACUACCGAAGAAUCAACUUCGUAUUACUGAACUUAGUUACUACCAUAUUUUAACCUUAGGUCCCCAACUGGAGAUUCCUUCUCAGGAUGUGGUAUUCGGCUCAGUUAAAAUACAAAAAACUGAAAUUCAAAAGGAAUCAACUUUAACGCCACUAGCUUUUUAUCAAAACGGAAAAUUAUAAAGAAUUGUAAAACUUACAAACAAUAAUUUAAUCAACAAUAGUUAUAUUACAAAUUAAUAUAAACUAUUGGAAUGAAUAAUAACAAAAGCAAUAAUAUAUCUCUAAAUUUAAUUUUCGCGGCUAUAAAUUGGAUGCUAUGUACCUG